GUUUUACAGAUUUAUUAAUUUAAAUAGAUUUCAAAUAUGUUUCGGGAUUCUUUUCGAAAAAUAAAAGACAAAGAAGUGAAGUCCAAUGACAAUAACGUUGAAAAUAAGUUUGUGUCUAAACAAAAUAACUCUUCUAAAGAAAAACUUCCGUUGAUUAAAUCACAACACGACAACGAAGGCACCGAGAAUGAAGACAACAAAUCAAUAACUGAGAAGUUUAAUAGACCAUCAAGCGAUCCAAGAAAUGAAGAAAUGUCGAUUGACAAUAUAAAAUUAUCGAAAGAGAGCGGUUCGCCAGGAUUUAGUGAAGAUAAUAAGAAAGAAUUAAAGAAAAAGAAAAAGUCUUUACACCAUUCAAUUACCAUCACCAACCCAGAAUCAGUUGAUCACGAUGAAUUGGUCAGAAAAAUGCGUGAACGUUUUAAGAAGAAAGUCAGGAAAUGGGAAUAUCGCAUAAACCUUUACGCGAACAUUGCAUCUCUCAUGACCUUUGCACUUUUAACAUUGCAAGUUUUACAGAUGGCAAUACAACCGUUCCGUGGCAUUUGGAUUUCAGAUAAGAAUCUCAUUGUGAUGCAAAAUAUUUUGGUCGCUUUCACUGCACUAAUAGCUGGAUUCCAACUAAAGAUGAAAUAUAAUGAAAAGGCAGACAAAUAUAGACGAGGAGUAAAAAUUUACUAUCACCUUCUACGUAUGACGUCAUAUUACACAAUCAUGAAUGAAAGCGGAGGAAAACCAGAUUAUGAAAACACAAUUGAAUUUUGGAAAGAAGCGUUGAAAAAAGAAAUCGAAUCAGUUCCAGUGAUGCAAGCUUUCAAGUCUUAAAAUUAUUUAUUCAGACUUUGACGACGACGGGUGAAAUUAAUAUCACCCUGUUUUAAUACAUCUAAAUUCUAAUUCAUCUUACAAAUAUGCAUAGGGAAAUGAGGAAUUUCUGCUCAAAUGGUGAGGAGUUGAAAGUGUGUAGUAUGCUCCGUGAACGAGCUUAAAAAUAGAAGACUAAUUUUUGGUAAAGAAGUGUUUUAUCUCUCAAUAUGAGGGCAACUAAAAGCUUGGAAUUUAAUCAUUAUGAUCUAUGUCAGGGUGGUCCAAGGUUGUCGGCUCCGCGGGCCACAAAAUUAUUUUUGCAUUGUUCGCGGGCCACAAUAGUGUCAAGAAUAGGUAAACAGUGCAAUACAAAACGAACGCUUU